GGACUACACAAAAGGCAGGAACAACCUCCACAUAUUUCCAGGGAGCUAUCGGAACUACAUAUAAAAUGCCUUCUGAGAAUGAAAGGAAGCAUAGCGCAGAUGGACACAGUCUUAAGAUUGCUGCAUCCAACGAGGGUGAACAUGAAGAAAAAGACAAGGACAAGAAGAAGAAGAAGAAGGCAGAAAAGGCCAAUAUGGUCAGCCCAUUGAAAAUGUUCCGCUACUCCAGCUGGUCAGACAGGCUCCUCAUGCUGCUGGGCACUCUGCUGGCAGUAGCCCAUGGAAGCAGCCUCCCUAUCACCAUGAUAAUCUUUGGGGACAUGACUGACAGCUUCGUUGGCACUGGAAACGCAAGUGUAACAGAAGAUACUAUUCCACCGAAUGUCACUGAGGAAAUUCUUAACAAGCUGGAAGAAGAUAUGACAAGAUAUGCAUAUUACUAUUGUGGAAUAGCAGCUGGUGUUCUCCUUGCUGCUUACAUCCAAACCUCAUUUUGGACCCUAGCAGCAGGCCGGCAAAUCAAAAAAAUCAGAGAAAAGUUUUUUCAUGCAAUCAUGAAGCAAGAAAUUGGCUGGUUUGAUGUCAAUGAUGUGGGAGAACUCAACACUCGCCUGCUAGAUGAUGUCUCCAAGAUCAAUGAAGGAAUAGGUGACAAAAUUGGAUUGCUUGUUCAAUCACUAACAACAUUCAUAGCAGGAUUUAUUGUUGGUUUUAUAAGAGGAUGGAAACUAACCCUUGUCAUACUAGCAGUCAGUCCUGUCCUGGGACUUUCAGCAGCAAUCUGGGCUAAGGUUCUCUCUGCCUUCACUGACAAAGAACAAGCUGCAUACGCAAAAGCAGGUGCUGUUGCAGAGGAAGUUCUGGGAGCUGUCCGGACUGUGAUAGCCUUUGGAGGACAGGAAAAAGAAAUUAAAAGAUACCAUAAAAAUUUAGAAGAUGCUAAAAAGAUAGGAAUAAAAAAGGCAAUUACAUCCAAUAUUUCUAUGGGUGCUGCUUUCUUCCUGAUCUAUGCAUCAUAUGCACUGGCCUUCUGGUAUGGAACCACCUUGAUCUUAAGUGAUGAUUACACUAUUGGUAAAGUCCUCACAGUCUUUUUCUCUGUCCUGAUCGGAGCUUUCAGCAUUGGACAGGCUGCUCCAAGCAUAGAGGCAUUUGCUAGUGCCAGAGGAGCUGCCUAUACCAUCUUCAAGAUCAUAGACAAUGAACCUCAAAUUGACAGCUACUCAGAGGCAGGUUACAAACCAGAGUACAUCAAAGGCAAUGUGGAAUUCCAGAAUGUUCACUUCAAUUAUCCAUCCAGACCAGAUGUGCAGAUCCUGAGGGGCUUGAAUCUCCAAGUGAACAGUGGCCAGACAGUGGCCCUGGUUGGUAGCAGUGGCUGUGGGAAAAGCACAACAGUUCAGCUCAUCCAGAGAUUCUACGACCCCAAGGAGGGCACGGUCACCAUCGACGGGCAGGACAUCAGGAGCCUGAACGUGAGGUACCUGCGGGAGGCGAUCGGGGUGGUGAACCAGGAGCCUGUGCUCUUUGCCACCACCAUUGCCGAGAACAUUCGCUACGGCCGGGAGGACGUCACCAUGGAGGAGAUUGAGAAAGCCACCAAGGAAGCCAAUGCCUAUGACUUCAUCAUGAGGCUGCCCAAUAAGUUUGAGACCCUGGUUGGAGAAAGAGGAGCCCAGCUGAGCGGAGGCCAGAAGCAAAGAAUAGCCAUUGCCCGGGCCCUGGUGCGCAACCCCAAGAUCCUGCUGCUGGAUGAGGCCACCUCAGCCCUGGACACCGAGAGCGAGUCGGUCGUGCAGGCUGCGCUCGACAAGGCACGGGAGGGCCGCACCACGGUGGUGGUGGCUCACCGGCUGUCAACAGUGCGAAACGCAGACCUCAUCGCUGUGUUUGAUGCUGGAGUCAUCGUAGAACAAGGCACCCAUGCCCAGCUGCUGGAGAAAAAGGGAAUCUACUACAAACUUGUUAGCAUGCAGGCUAUAGAAGUCCCAGAAUCAGAAAAAGAUGAGAAUGCACUCAGUGUCCAAUUGGAAACAGAAUCUGAUGAAUCGUUAUCAAGAGGCUUGAGAAGACGAUCGACUCGGAGAAGCAUGAAGAAGCCAGGAGCACAAAGUGAGGAUCCCGAGGAGAAAACAAGUACACCUGCUGAAGAGUUACCUCCAGCUCCCUUCCUGAAAAUCAUGAAGUUGAACAAAACCGAGUGGCCAUAUUUUGUAGCUGGAACUUUGUCUGCAAUUGUCAACGGAGUCAUGCAGCCUGCAUUUGCCAUCAUAUUUUCAGAAAUCAUAGGGGUUUUCUCAGAAACAGACAAGACUGUUCUGAAACAAAAGAGCGACCUGUACUCACUGCUGUUUUUAGUGGUUGGCAUCGUUUCCUUCUUCACUUUCUUCUUUCAGGGCUUCGCGUUUGGCAAAGCUGGAGAAAUCCUGACCAUGAGGCUCCGGUUUAUGGCUUUCAAAGCAAUGCUCAGACAGGACAUGGGCUGGUUUGAUAAUACCAAAAACAGCACUGGAGCAUUAACUACAAGGCUUGCUAAUGAUGCCUCACAGGUGAAAGGGGCAACUGGAACCAGACUGGCAUUGAUCACCCAGAACGUAGCUAACCUGGGGACUGGAAUUAUUAUUUCCUUGGUUUAUGGCUGGCAGCUGACCCUGCUCCUUUUGGGUGUUGUGCCAAUCAUUGCAGUGGCAGGAAUGAUUGAAAUGAAGAUGUUGGCUGGGCAUGCUAAGAAAGAUAAAAAAGAGCUGGAAGCUGCAGGAAAGGUUGCCACAGAAGCCAUAGUAAACAUCAGAACUGUUGCCAGCUUGACCCGAGAGAGAAAAUUUGAGGCCAUGUACGGAGAAUAUCUGCAUGUCCCAUACAGGAACUCUGUGAAGAAGGCCCACGUAUUUGGGUUCUGCUUUGCCCUCUCACAAGCCAUGAUGUUCUUCACCUAUGCUGGCUGCUUCCGCUUUGGUGCCUACCUGGUGAGGCAUGACCUCAUGGAGUACAAACAUGUCUUCCUAGUGUUCUCAGCUAUUGUCUUUGGUGCCAUGGCAUUGGGGCAGAGCAGCUCUUUUGCUCCAGACUAUGCCAAAGCCAAGGUCUCAGCUGCCCACCUGUUCCUGCUGUUUGAGAGGGUCCCAUCCAUAGACAGUUACAGCGAGGAUGGGGAGCAGCCUGAAUCGUUUGAGGGAAACAUCACCAUCAAAGACGUGAUGUUCAACUACCCAAACAGACCCGAGGUCAAAAUACUCCAGGGUUUGAAUCUGAAAGUAGAAAAGGGACAGACCCUGGCUCUGGUGGGCAGCAGUGGCUGUGGGAAGAGCACUGUUGUGCAGCUGCUGGAGAGGUUCUAUGAUCCCCUGGAAGGAGAAGUGCUUUUUGAUGGCAAAAAUUCAAAGUCACUCAACAUCAAGUGGCUGAGGGCCCAGCUGGGCAUCGUGUCCCAGGAGCCCAUCCUGUUUGACUGCACCAUCGCUGAGAACAUUGCCUAUGGGGACAACAGCCGGCAGGUGUCUCACGAGGAGAUCGUGCAUGCAGCCAAAGAGGCCAACAUCCACUCCUUCAUUGACUCACUGCCAAAUAAAUACAACACCCGUGUGGGGGACAAGGGCACGCAGCUGUCCGGGGGGCAGAAGCAGCGCAUCGCCAUCGCCCGCGCCCUGGUGCGGCGGCCCCGCGUCCUGCUGCUGGAUGAGGCAACCUCUGCGCUGGACACCGAGAGCGAGAAGGUUGUGCAGGAGGCCCUGGACAAGGCCCGGGAAGGUCGCACCUGCAUCGUGAUCGCUCACCGCCUCUCCACCAUCCAGAGCGCCGACAAGAUCGCCGUCAUCGACGGCGGCAGGGUGGUGGAGCAGGGCACCCACCAGCAGCUGCUGGCUCACAAAGGCAUCUACUACUCCCUGGUCAAUGUGCAGAGCGGGUCCAGCAACAUGUGAAUUAAAGGCAGUACCCACCUCUGGAUUGUCACUGUAGUCAUUUCAGUCCUGCUGAGUUUGUCCCUCUAGUCCCUUCCAUAGUGAUACUCAGUCCUGAUGCUCUUGGCUCACCUCCUUCCUUGCAUAAGUCCCGCAAAGCCAAGAAAUGCUCCAUAAAUAUGUACCAGGUUACCAGUUUCUCACUGCUGCCUGUCAUUACUGAAACCAGUCUGCUGCAUGGCCAGAGUAGAGGGCUGCUGCACCCAGAGGAGCAUGAGCAUGCUCAGCCAAACCAAGAGAUACCAGCUUGCCUUGGGCUGGCAGGACCCUGCUGAGCACACCUGGCUGGGGAACAUCUUCAUGCUCAGUUUUGCUAUCACCAGAACCAAGCCUCAAGCCUUACCCUCCAUGUGCCUGUGGGAGGCACCCUCAGUCGUGGCCUGUUGGGCUUCUUCUCAACACGUCAUGAGAGCUUGCAGGUCUGGACCAGAUGUCCCCUGUUCUGCUGUGGAGCUUUUUAAAGAGCAGAAGUCUUGAAAAUAGAGGCACAGGCUUGAAACAAAGGUCCCAGAACUGUGAUGGUGGUUGAAGAAGUGAAACCUUAAGACUGCUUCAAUGCAAAGGAGCAAGACAAACCCCACCAGCUGAUGGGCAAGGCACCCGCUGCAGCCUGGCAAAGUGGCACCCAAAGUCCUGGGGGCCAGAGGUCAAGGGCCAAGAACUACCUAAAUUCUGCAGUGGUUUAGGAAAAGUGAAAAUCUGGGAUCUGGGCUUGGAGAAGGGGAAAGGAAGGCACCCUUCCAGUGCUUGCUUCCUCCACUGGAGACCUUACGAUGACCCUGCUGACUGCAGAACUGUAACCAUCAGUGCUGACUCCAUGGCACCAGCUGUGUGGCAGUGCCCAUGGGUCGCUGAUGGAGGCUGCCAGUGAAGAACUGCUUGGAACAUGUAGCAAUACUUUAAUGAAUUAUGAGCUAACCAUGAGCCCUGUGUAUUGUUAAUGAA